AUGAUCAAUCACGGAAAUACGAUAUCGGGGAGCAUGUUGCUAGAUACAGUGCCGGAAGAGGCAGAAGAGAAUCAGACAUCAAACAAACCUGACCAAGUAAAUGAAAAGACAAAGAGUGCAAACUUAGGUCUGAUGAGACCGCCUCUAUUCCCACCGACAAGGAUGGAUACGAGAAAUGAUAGAAGAUGUAGCUCAAGUUCUUCUUCAUUAGAUUCUUCUGAAGUAUCUAGCGAUAGCUUUGAAUUCCAACCUCCGCUUCCAAACGGGCAGUAUAGUUUCAUCACAGCAACCUAUCGGGCUCAACUAAAGAAUAACAACUCAUCCAGCACUUUCGACGGUAGUAUCACUUCUCAGAUUCAAUCUGGUUCAUUCACAAAGUCACCUUCAUGUUCUACAACAAAGAAUUCAUCUAAAGCUCUUACAAAGGGUAUUCAACUUAUUCCUGUGGGGAUGUAUAACGAUAAUAUAGGUACGAGAAGAAUGCAAGAGCUACAAAUGCCUGCUUUUGAAGCUUUGCAAUCAAGGAGAUAUACGCCAAAAGCCAUUACUGAUCAAAAUACAACUACAUCGCAAAGUAGUUCACUAAAACUUCAAAGUUCUCCCCAGAGUAGACGUCAUAAAGCGCUUAAACAUUGGUGGGAUGCAGAAAUACAGGCAAAGAAACCUGACAAGCCAGGGAAGCCCCUUUGCGCAAAAGGUUGCGUUUCUCCAUCAGGUACAAUGAAUGAUGUGCAAGAUAGCUCAAAUGACGGUAUAAGGGAAGGCUUUGUUCCAUUUACCCCAAACAAAUUCUUCGCACCUCCUCAACACAUAGCACCGCAGGAUGCAGUUCAACCACCGCGCUCACUGGAAAUAGAAAGCGAAAGGAUAAAAUCAAGACUAUUAUGGGAAGCUGUUCAGGAUGGCUUGGUGACUUUGGACACUAUUCUAGCACUUCCUUUGAGCUGGGGAGAUUUAUGUGUGGAGCAUUAUGAGGAUAUUGGGCUUAUUUCGCCAACAGAAUCUACAAGAAGUGAUAAAAUAAAAGGUACCUUGACAUCCGUCUAUCCGAUAGAGAAUCCACUAACGAUAAAAGCAAGGAAAGAGAUGAAGGUAAAUAGUAAUAAAGAGAAUAAUCAAUCACCCGCACUGCUGUUCAAAGGAGAUAAAGCAAAGAUUAUGUUACAAUACACCAAAUGAGAU